CAGCUCGCUGUUCACCUUGUUUGUGUUCUUGUUGUGCAGCGCAGCCGGCGGACGGGUUUCAUCUGUUGGCGAAAAGAGUUGAUUUCGAAACCUCCCUAAAAUGAGCGACGAAGGUGAAAGUAAGUCGGAGCACGAGGUGGAACUCAAUGCUAAGCCUGAGACAGAGGAAAGCAAGCAGGAAGUUGAGUUGCCGGAUAAGCCAACCACAGCUCCGGUCUCCAGUUCGGAUAAUAAUGAGACAGCGAAGCCAGAGGAGGAAACUCCUUCCCAGGAUUUUGCCGCCUACGAAGAGCACAUGACCUAUGACCCGGAUGGUGAAGCCAUCUAUACGGAUCCCAGCACCAAGCAGAAGUACAAGUGGUGCACCAAGCAAAACAAUUGGCAACCACUGAACGAUGCCACCGAUGGCGGGGAUCCCUACGAGAACGAGCACUACAAAUGGUGUCCUGAGAGCCAACAGUGGCUGCCCAAGAAGAAGCAGGAAACGGAGACGGAGCACUACAAGUGGGAUGAGGAGCAGCAAAAGUGGUUGCCCAAGCAAAAGCAAGGGCCGGGUCAGGAUGUGGUCUACGGGGUGGAUGAGAAUGGUGAUCGUACUUACACCGACAAGGAUGGCGCGGUGUUCUUCUGGGAUGCGACCAAGAAUGCUUGGUUUCCUAAGAUUGACGAUGACUUUAUGGCUCGCUAUCAAAUGAACUAUGGAUUCAUUGACAACACUUCGGCGGGUGAGAAGGAGAAGGCCGAGAAGGAAGCGGCCGAGGCCAAGAGAAAGGAGGAGGAACUCAAGCGGAUGACAGCCGAGGCAGAGGCGGCCAUGGCCAAGGAUAGCGAAGCUUCGACAACGGUAGCUCCCACAGGCAAGCGAAAGAUUCAGGAGCCUCCAAAAUGGUUCGAGAUGGAUCCCACGCAGAACACCAAGGUGUAUGUCUCGAAUCUGCCGCUGGACAUCACCAUGGAUGAGUUUGCCGAUCUGAUGGGCAAGUGCGGCAUGGUGAUGCGGGAUCCCCAGACCCAGAAGUUCAAGCUGAAGCUGUAUGCCGAGAAGGAUGGCCAAAUCAAGGGCGAUGGCCUCUGUGACUAUAUCAAGGUGGAGAGUGUCAACCUGGCUCUAAACAUCUUGGACGAGUACAAUCUGCGCGGUCACAAGAUUCGGGUUCAGAGGGCUCAGUUCCAAAUGCGAGGCGAAUACAAUCCCGCCCUGAAGCCCAAGCGGAAGAAGAAGGACAAGGAGAAGUUGCAGAAGAUGAAGGAAAAAUUAUUUGACUGGCGUCCCGAUAAAAUGCGUGGCGAGCGCUCUAAAAAUGAGAAAACUGUCAUCAUCAAGAACCUUUUUACUCCGGAACUAUUUGAAAAGGAAGUGGAACUCAUCCUGGAGUAUCAGAAUAAUCUACGUGAGGAGUGCAGCAAGUGCGGCAUAGUCCGCAAAGUGGUGAUCUACGAUCGUCAUCCCGAGGGGGUUGCCCAAAUCAACAUGUCAUCGCCGGAGGAGGCCGAUUUGGUUAUACAAAUGAUGCAGGGUCGGUUCUUUGGAAAGCGGCAGCUAAGCGCCGAGUCCUGGGAUGGCAAGACCAAAUACAAAAUCGAUGAAUCCGCUGUGGAGGCCCAGGAGCGACUCUCAAAAUGGGAUGAGUUUUUGGAAGAGGAAGAGAAUGAAAAGAAAGAGGAGCCUCAAGAACAAAAGCAGGAAAAGGAGCAGGGCCCGAACCAGGACCAAGACAGCUCCCCAGAGAGCCAGCUUUUGCCUGGCGAUGCCACCCCGUAGAUUAUGUUCCUUUACGUACCUGCGAUCGUUGUCAUGCGGAUCGAUAAUCUCCAGGACCAC